GCCAUCAGUUGGUCGCUGUGUAUGUACACGGCUGCUGUCAAGUGAAACCCACGGUGUUGUUUAGUGUGCGUUUUCGGGCGAUGGUAGUCGUGCAGGCGAACGAGGCAGCAGCAGCAGCAAAGAGUCGGAAGGUCGGGUGAAAAGAAGCAGCAAAAGCGAAGGAAUUUUCAGAACAUCGACAAUUCUCCUCCCAGCGGUGCAUUUUCUUUCGUUGCGUUGCGAUAGCGUGCACGUUUGCAGUAGCCUCAUCUGGUGGGAUUGAUUUGUGGUGCGAACUGUGUGGACGGCAGCGAAAAUUGGAGUGUGUUUGUGCAGCGAGUUACGAACACAAUUUAGGAGAAGAAAAAAAGGUGGAUUUGUGUGUUCGGUGGUGGAAGAAGGCAGGAAGAAGCGUUCUGGAUGCCACAAUGAGGUUAAUUUGUGCAAAAGUAUUGUAACAUUGCUGCCCUGCAUCGCGGCCUGCCAAACGUAAAACUCGCAUUCAGUGAAGCGUAAGCUCUGCUCCCUACUGUGAAAUCACCCUCCGGAUCGUUUUACGGGAGAAUAGCAAAGGAGGGGUUGGCCCCGCACGCACAGGUGACAGCUGAAGAGCAUCCAGGAGGGGGAAUACAUCAUUUUCGACACUCGAAUGUGCAUCUCUUGCAAGUGACACACGGGAGCUGCAUUGAUUUUAUCCCAAACGCGGAUUGCCCGUUGCCCUGUACACUCUCUUGGGCACUUGCUUGCUGUCCUACGGCAGUCACAUCAGUGGGUGGGGAAUCUAUUAUGUGGAGAGAUUAAAUUUUUCUUCAUCUUCAGAGCCUGUAUCACAUCCUUCUAUCGUCAUCGUACCAUCGGCUGGUCUAACUAGCAAUCGAAAACAAUUUGCUAGAAAGAAAACGCAAAACCCACUGAGGAAGGUACCAGCAGCGGCAGCAGAAGCAUCAUUAGCAGGCCUCGGAAAAGUUCGCUUUGUCGUACAAACGCGCGCGGUGCUGUGGAUAUACGUCGAUAGUGUGAGCGAGUGUGUGCAUCGUUCCUUAGCAGGCGCGGAAGGAAACCCCCGUGGCUCGCUGUAUACCAACGCCAGGGGCACAUCAACGUAGCAGGCCGUGGUGUAAAAGCAGGCAAAAAAGCUCUGCUCAAACGUUGACGAUUAGUGCACAUAGCAUAGAGUGUGUUGAAAGAACGUGAAAAGCAUCUUCUCGUACGCGAUAGUGCUCCUCGUGUUUCGAUUUUCUCAGAGUGUGUGUGUGUGUGUGUAUGUGCUCUUUUUUUACUUUACUCUUACGCUGUGGCUCCCUUUGCUCCGUCGUGCCCCAUCAUUGAUGCUAGUGCGCUCUGUGUCCCGUUUGUUAUCAGUGGUAGUUUGAAAACAUACACAAGCAGUGGCAGCAGCACGUCCUAGCAGGCCUAUUUAAUUUGUGAGAGCGAUUUGCCCUCGUCCUGGUUGUGUGUUGUGGCAGGAGCACCAGCAGGCAGUAGCAAUUCGGCAGCAAUCAGCAGCAACAUCGUCAUCUCUCGUGUUCGUCCUGUGCCCUGGUCAUUCCCCGCGAAAGUUGGCGAGUUUUUGUCGAGAAAGCGAACGCAAACGUGGUGCGUGGAAUAGCGUGGAAUCUGUGAAGUGAAACGAAAAGAAGUAAAAAGAAGAAAAAAAAACAUCUGUACAAAGAAUACAUAAAAAAGGAAUCACUUCGAGCGAGACGGAACGAGGACGACGUGUGGCAGCUGCGGCUACAGCGAGGAAAAUGUACAGUAAAAUGAAUGGAUAUCCUUCGUCAUCCUUUCGAUCAAGUAGCGGCCGACUGUGGGGAAUGUCCCACUCGUUACCCUCCGGAAUGUCAAACUACCUACAGGAUGCUGACUUUUCAUCCUAUUCGCGGCCCCGACUGUACGGGGAUAUGCCGUCGAGCAGCACGUUCGGUGGUGGCAAUCCUUCGACACCGCACCAUCACCACCACCACCAUCACAAUCACCUCAGCCAGCCAGCGUCCCAUCAUCACACGUCAUCGUCCAGCACCAGCUCGCUGACCGGCAUGAACUUUGGUCCGGGGUCGUCCGGCACCGCCGGUACGAACCUGAUCGUCAACUAUCUACCGCAGGAUAUGACGGAGCGCGAAAUGUACUCGAUGUUCUCCGCGAUGGGACCCAUCGAGAGUUGCCGACUGAUGAGAGAUCUAAAGCAGACUGGGUACAGCUACGGCUUUGGUUUCGUAAACUACCUGAACGAGGAAGCGGCACAACGAGCGAUCAAAUGUCUGAAUGGCUAUCCGCUGCGUAACAAGCGUCUAAAGGUUUCGUACGCACGGCCACAGAGCGACGAUAUCAAGGAAACGAAUCUGUACAUCACGAAUUUGCCCCGCACGAUCACCGAGGAGCAGCUGGAUAUCAUAUUCGGCAAGUACGGUACCAUCGUGCAAAAGAAUAUCCUUCGAGAUAAGCUAACGGGUCAGCCGCGUGGAGUAGCCUUCGUACGGUUCAACAAGCGCGAGGAAGCGCAGGAAGCAAUAUCGGCCCUCAAUAAUGUCAUCCCGCAGGGUGGCAAUCAACCACUGAUAGUGCGUGUUGCAGAAGACCAUGGCAGAGCUAAGGCGGCACUCUACGUACCCUCGUACAACUCUAUAGUGCACAAUAACAGAGGUAGAGUACGAAUGCGCAAUACCCCGUACUGAAUAAUCACCCGACAUAUUUACUUACAUGCACACUUACACAGCUACACCAACAUCUUCAUCCUAAUAAUAUCCUAGUGUACAUCCUCUUGGAGGAUUUCUUUCCCCGAUUCUUAUACUCAUUUACCUAGAUGAGCUAUUUUUUAACGAAGUAUUGACAACGGUUUAUGCAGGAGAAAAUGGUGGUAAUUAGAUGUACCGAUAAGUCUAAUUGAUCAUUUUAAAUAUGUUCUGUUCAUCUUUAUCCUGGGUUUCCGUUGUCAUUGCUCGUAACUAAAUAAAACAAAGCAAAACAAUUGAUUAAGUUUGUUAUGGCAUGUAAGGAAGCUUUAGGCUGCCGAUCAGUUUUUUUUUUUCAUUCGGCAGUCCUUUUCCCGAUUCGUUGCUUAUGCAGUUUUUAAUAAUUUAUUCAUGUCUUCCCUUUGAUUAGUGGUUACCCUUAUUACGAUUAUAGUAUGAUUGCGUUUAUUCGGCCAUUUAGCGCGAUUCUCUGUGUUGUGUUAGAAGUGCGAUUUUCUUUUUGUUGUCGUUUUAAUUGUUGCCUGGUUUACCUAUGCUAAACAAGGCCGAAACAUUGCUUUAUUUCAACUGAUAUUUGAUUUCCAUUAGGACUAGAUUUUACCUUGUAGUGAAAGGUGCAUGACGAGCCUCUCGUUCGCGUCGUAAAAAAAACAUCUGCUUACAAUUGAUGGUUCUCGGAAAAAGCAACUUUGUGCAUACGUUAAGCGAAAAAAUAGCAAAACAUAUUUGGAGGAGCCUUAGCACAGAGCUUAAUAACAUAUGUUUAGUCCAGUUUUAGAUACAUAAGGAAUAUAGUUUUUGUUGCCGUAAUCUAAAUACCUGUACCUGCGUACUAACGCGAUGCAAAGCGGACAGGGUUUUGUUUCUAUUUUGUGUAUCAUGAACGUAAAAUAAUGCGUUAAACUAUCGGUUAUAUAUGGCCACUGCAGGUCAAGUAAAGCCGGUUAGUAAAUUCAAAAUAACAUUACUACGCAAGUAAUUUUAAUUGAUAAAAGAAAAACAAAUAGUUGUGAAUUGCAACCAACGUAGUAUAUAUUUUUUAUGUUAGUCCAGUCAUUAUCCAGCGUUCAUAUUGGUUGAAUAUCUAUUCUGUACGAUAAAAAUGGAUUUAUGUUAAAAUCCUUUGUUCAAGCAUGUAGUUUUUUUUACGUAUUUCAUAUGAAAAAACACGUUACACAAUGUUUCGCCUUUGUAAUUGUCCCUAUGCCCAGCAUAAUAAGGUUAGAAGGUUAGUUUCGUUUAUAUUUGUUCGAGUUUUCAAUUUUUGUGCGAAUUAGGUAUUAUAUAAAUGAAAUGUUCUGCUUGUUAGAUAGAAUGCGUACUUUUCCAUACCGUAUCAUGUAAUAUUUUGAAAGCUGCAAAGAUAGUGAUUCUUUUAACAUCUGAUGGGAACAAUUUUAUAAAGCAAAACCUUGAAGCAAGAGGAUUUUACUAACAGGUUAUUAGGGCCACACAAAAAGCAAGAAAGGCUGGAUCUUAGCGAAUCUCGCUAGCAACUGUUCUAAUCCUCUUAUUUCGGUUCAAGCUUUGAGCAAAUGGAAAAUGUUAAGAGACCAAAGCGAUUGAAAAAUAGUUUGCCAGAAAGAUUAAUUCUUAGUCGUAAGAAUGCUCCUAACAUAUCAUUAAAGAAAGCAAACGGGGAAUCAAUUACGUUACAAAAUAAUAAAAAAUAGCCUUAUUCAUUCAGA